UGACGUUUAUAUAGGGAUACAUCGGGAGUGACCGGACGAACUAACUUUUUGCCAACUCAACGUAACUACAUGUUAUGCAUCGGUGAUUUUAUAAACAGCCAGGUGACUUCCCCGCACCACGACGUACGGACCAAUCAUCGGCUUUGUUGAGUUUGGUUGCUAAUUGCUUUGUGGCCAGGUAUUGAAUCGUCAUUCAAUUCGGAAUUUUUUUUGAAUGAGUAUGUUCCCUCCGUAGCUCUUUAAAGAUGAUUGCAAACGGCAGUAAAAAGAAGAUGUCUAUAUUGUUGACCGUUCUGGUUAUCUUCUUGUCGUUUGCCGUAAAGAGUGGAACAGCAGAUUGCGAUCCUAAUCAUGUCGAGGCAGUUGGAAUGGUGUCUAAAUUGAUUACUACAGCACAAUUGCAUGCAUCUUCAUCCUCCGAUGGUUACCUCCCCUUUAUGGCAAGAGUCGACGGCCCAAAAUCUUGGAUGGCAAACGCAAAUGAUGCAGAACCAUGGUUUUAUGUUGACUUUUCGACAACAUUGCAACUGGUGGAGUUAGAGACACAAGGUUCACCAAGGUCUGACCAAUGGGUGAUGUCAUUUACAAUAUCGUAUGCAAAUUCAAGCGGAAUAUUCAAGAACGUUAUGAACCAAAGUCAUAAUGCAGAAAUCAGGGUGUUUCCUGCAAAUACUGAUCGUACUACAAAAGUCAAAACGGUGCUUCCAGAAGAAAUCUCAGUCCGUUAUCUUCGCAUCCAUCCCAAAACGUGGUCGGGUAGGCCUGCUUUAAGGCUGGAAUUCUUCGGCUGCUAUUCAACUUGUACCUCUCCGGGCCCUUUGCCAUUUCUGGACAGCCAAAUUACGUCGCCAAACGAAAUGUCGUCAAGCUAUUCAGCUAGACAUGCCAGACUCGAUGAUCCUCAAGGAUGGCAUGCAUCAAGUGGCUCGACCGGAUUGCUGAAGAUAGAUUAUUUACGACAUACAACUAUUACGGGGCUUAAAGUACAAGGGGCCACUCCCUAUGGGACGUGGAGUCCGUCGUAUACAGUUCAAUACAGUAAUGAUGGAGAAAAUUUUAAAAGUUACGUAGAAUCUGGAAGUGAAAAGACCUUUUCAGGCCCAGGAAGUACCACUACCAUCGUUGAAAGACCUUUCUCACAUCCUAUAUUUGCAAGAUUCUUACAAAUUUCGGCGGCACCGCCCUCAGGACCUUAUCCCUUUCCCGUUUUAAGAAUAGAAGUUCAGGGCUGUGAUUCUACGGAUGACUGGUUCAGUGGAAUGCCUCUUGGCAUGUCCAAUAAACUCAUUUUGGACUCCCAAUUGAAUGUAUCGUCCUCGAUGUAUUACACAUCCGGUGCCGGCAAUGGAAGAAAAAAUGGACAUGGUGGUUGGAUAGCAGCGGACGGUGAUAAAAACCCUUGGUUUCAAGUAGACUUCAUCACGAACGUGACUGUGAGCAGACUUGACGUGGAGGGGUUGUCCGGCACUGCGGAUGGUGUCACGAAAUACACAAUUGCGUCUAGUGAUGACGGCAAGGUUUUUUCAGUCUACAAGAAGGUCGAACAACAAACAGAAAAGGUAUUCAUUGCGGGCAUUCAAUUUAUUUUCCCCCAUAUCUUCGGGCGCUUUAUUCGCAUUCAACCAAAGGAAUGGAAUGGUUUAUGCGCGAUUAGAGUGGAAUUUUAUGGUCGAUACGAAGGAUGCGGGAACCCAAAAGCACUCGGCAUGGCAAGUGGGGAGAUAUCCGAUCGCCAGUUAACUGCCGCAAGCGAAGCAAGUGGCGCGCCUGCAAUUUACGGUAGACUCGGCGGAAAAGUUGGUUGGAGGGGUGAAGGAUCAAUAUCAAGUUUUGACGACUGGUAUCAGGUGGAUUUUGUAAAACGUGCUAAAGUGACUGCGAUAAAGAUGGAAGGAGAAGUAUCAUCUUCUUUUAUUCAGACAUUCAAGCUCUCCUACAGUAGUAAUGGAAUAGAUUUUGUUGAAUAUUGGGAUAUUCAGAAACCUGCAAAGAUUUUCACCGGUCAGGAUCACGUGGACGUGAUGGUCGAACAUCGCCUUGUUAACGUCAUAUUCAGUCGUUUUUUACGAAUCCAUCCAAUAAGUGGGUCGGUGGGAAUGAGAAUGGAAGCAAUAGGUUGUUAUGUCGAUACAAUUUUGCGUCAAACCAUUCCACUUGGCAUGGAAAACGGUUUAAUUUUGGAUUCCCAAUUGAGUGCGUCAUCUGAGAGGUACCACCCAUUCUCUGGCGCCGCCAGUGCCAGAUCUAAUUUAAAAACAGCUCUUGAUGGAAGAUACGGCGGUUGGAUUGCAGCAGAAGGCGAUGACGAUUUAUGGCUUGAAAUCAACUUCAUAAGCAACGUUACUGUUACUGCAAUACUGACUCAAGGUCUUGAUGUAGGAAUGAAUUACGUAAAAGAAUACACCGUUGCUUUUAAUAACAGUGAACUUGGAGCGCAAGAAUACUCAGAGAUGAAUAAUGGCGCAGCAACGGUCUUCAAUGCAACGAACGGCACAGUGAAGCAAGACUUAGAUCCGUAUAUAUUCGCCCACGUGAUCCGAAUUAAACCUAAAACAUGUGUUGGGAUGUGCGCUCUAAGAGUUGAAUUUUUCGGUUGGUACGAAGAAUACAGUGAUCCAGGUAAUCUUGGAAUGUACAAUCGAAGUUUGAUUCCUGAUAGUCAGAUACGCUCGUCUGUAGCGACUGCAGUAGAUCAUGGCGCGCAUGCUGCGAGAAUAAAUAAUACACACGGGUGGCUUGGCGUAGCAAGUGGUGAUUAUUUGGAAAUCGAUUUUGGAAGAAGAGCAAGCAUCACGCAGAUAAUGACUCAGGGUGCUCAAAAAACUGGCAAUUCAUGGACUAGAAAUUUUACAGUCGCAAUGAGUAACGAUGGAGUGAAGUUCGUCGAAUAUCAAGAAUUUGGCUCACGCAAGACUUUCUCCGCCAACACUGACCACACUUCUAUCGUUGUCCAAAAGCCGAUGCAUGUUAUAUUUGCUCGCUUUAUACGGAUAGUUGCGGAUUUCUUUGUCACAAAACCGGGCCUAGCACUGGAAUUCGUAGGACGUUUUGUAGACACACCUGAAGAAACCCAGGUGGUUGCUCUUGGCAUGGAAGAUCAUUUAAUUUUGGACUCCCAAAUUUUUGCAUCGUCGUCGAACGACUUGUUAACAUCGGGACCAACCAAUGCCAGGCUGAACUUGACGAACAAUAGUAUUGUCGUAGGUGGUUGGAUACCAGCGGAGGCCGACUCUGCACCAUGGCUUCUGGUUGACUUUGUGAGCAAUGUGACAAUCAAAGAAAUAGAUAUUCAGUUGCUAGAAAAUGGGAGCUCAUAUGUCAGACAGUAUUCGCUGGAUUAUGGAAUUACCCGGGGAAGUUUACAAAAUUAUGUCCAUAAGGAUUCGUCACAGAGUUUUUUUGUGGAAAAUAACAACAGAUCUACAGUUAGGCAAAGAUUAGAUCCUGCAAUAUUCACGCGAUUCAUUCGACUUAAUGCGAAGGCUUGUGCAGGAAACUGUGCAUUGAGGAUUGAAUUUUAUGGCUAUUACGAAGAAUGUAUAAACCCGCAGCCUUUGGGCGUUGAAAAUGGAAAUAUCUCCGACAGUCAACUCGAUUCCUCAUCUAUUCCCACUAUCACUAGUGGGCCUGAACGUGCUCGGUUGAAUAUGCCUGCCGGAGGUGCUGAGCUUUCAGACAGCGAUCCGGACAUGUGGUACGAGGUUGAUCUCGUCUGGUGGACAAAGAUUACUGGAAUUAAAACGCAAGGAGCCGCUGGCAAAUUUGAACUCGUUCAAACUUUCACGCUGAGCUAUAGCAGCGAUGGAAACAAGUUUAUCGACUACAAAGAAUAUGGCCAAGUGAAGCUUUUUGUUGGCAACAGCGAAGUCGAUACGGUUGUGGAACAACGAUUUUCUCGAGUUAUUCUUUCUCGUUAUUUGCGAAUCAAUCCUGAUCUAUGGAGCGGAAAAGUUGUUUUACGAAUGGAGGUGAUGGGCUUGUAUGUAGCCACGGAUUGGUUCGAUCCAAUUGCGCUUGGAAUGGAAAACAAAAUGAUUCUAGAUUCUCAGCUGGCCGUUUCAUCCCAGUACUCCAUAUCCGUCGCUUCCAAUGCCAGAUUGAAUUUGGAAACACUACGUGAGAACAUCGACGAGAACACAACAAAAAUAGUUCGAUAUGGCGGUUGGGUCGCGGCAGAAUACGACAAUGAGCCAUGGUUUGAAGUGGACUUCAAAGUCAAUGUCACAAUCAGUGCGAUUAUAACUCAGUCCUUGGACAAUGGCACCAUGUCUUCUCGGAUAACCAAAUAUGCUGUUGCUUUUAGAUACAACAAAAUGAACAGUUGGCAGAACUACAGCAUAGAUGGACAAGUGAAGGUUUUCUCAGCGAGUUACAAGAACAGUUCAUUGGUAAAAAACAAUGUCUAUCCCCAUAUUACCGCUCGAAUCCUACGAAUCAUGCCAAGAGCAUGGGUUGGGUAUUGUGCUAUGAGGGUGGAAUUCUACGGUCGAUAUGAAGAGUGCACCGACCCCCAGCCUCUUGGACUGGAAAAUGGCUACAUUUCAGAUGGUCAACUCUCUUCGUCAACUGAGUUUGACCUCCUAAAUGGCGCUCAUAACGCAAGGCUGAAUUUAGUAUUGGUAACUUCUGUGCGCGAUGGAGGUGCCUCACUUGCAAGCUCUGACAAUGACAAAUGGUUCCAAGUUGAUUUCCUACGAUGGACGAAAAUAACUGGUUCAAAAACACAAGGUCAUGCUGACGAUGAUUACUGGGUUGAAAGAUUCAAUUUGCAAUACAGCAACAAUGAGAUCGAUUUCAAUGUCUAUAAGGAAAAUGGAAUUGUCAAGGAGUUUAGAGCGAACUACGACAAGAACACUAUUGUGGAACAACACCUUGCGCGAAGUUUAGUGACUCGUUUCUUACGUGUUGUACCGACGAAAAGCAAUGGAAACCCGUCGAUAAGGAUGGAAUUUAUCGGCUCGUAUGUCAAUACAGUUUGGUCCGAACCGAUAAGCCUUGGCAUGGAAGAUAGUUUGAUUCUGGACUCUCAAAUAGUGUCUUCGUCCUCAAAAUAUGUUACAUCGACAGUUGCUAAUGCAAGAUUGAAUCUAAAUGCAUUGAGUGAUGAGAACACAGGAGACGUUGUUAGACAUGGUGGUUGGAUAGCAGCAGACGAUGACAGACACCCAUGGCUUCAAGUAGAUUUUAUCAUCAAUGUAACACUUACUGCAAUAGCUACGCAAGGUUUGGAAAACGGGACUUCCUGGCUUACAGGAUAUACACUUUCUUUUGGAGAUGACCGACAUCGUAUGCAGGAUUUCAGUAUCGAAGGACGUACAAAGGUGUUUUCUGCCAACUCAGACAGCAAUACAACAAUUACACAAAUAGUUGACCCUAACAUCAUCGCUCGUUUCAUCCGAAUAAAGCCCCAGACUUGGGUUGCCAAUUGUACUGUAAGACUUGAAUUUUAUGGCCGCUAUGAAGGAUGUUCUAACCCCCAGCCUUUGGGAAUGGAAAGUGGUGCUAUCUUGGACAGCCAGCUCUCGUCUUCCGGUAGUAGUGCAAAACUUAAUGGGCCACAAAAUGCGCGGUUGAACUUGACAUACAUUAGUGGAGUGCGUGGAGGAGGGUCGCAUUUAGACAAUGGAGCGGAUAGAUGGGUCCAAGUUGAUUUUCUCAAGUGGGCAAAGGUUACUGAGAUAAGAACUCAGGGAGAAGAAAAUUCAGCCCAAUAUUUUAUCCAGUCCUUCACUCUCUUACAUGGCAAUGAUGGAUCUAGCUUUCGCGCGUUUGAAGAAUUUGGAAAAAUAAAGGUGUUUCGAGCCAAUUACGAAAAUAAAUUAAUUGUCCCUCAACGCCUGACACGUGCGAUAUUCACUCGGUUCUUACGCGUUGUGGCGAAGACUUGGCCAUCCGGAUACCAUCCUGGAAUAAGAAUGGAAUUGUUUGGCGAGUAUGUCGAUACGGACUGGUUCGAAGCUGCUCCACUAGGCAUGGAAUCCCGCUUGAUCGUCGAAUCCCAAUUGACUGCGUCGUCGUCUAAAGAUGUUAUAUCUGGACCUAGUAUGGCACGGUUGAGUGAAAAUGCGACAGCAAUGAGGACAAACAUAAUAACACCGCAAAUCACGGCCUUCAACGCGACCAUGAAUAUUACCAAUAAUAUAACCACAGUGAAUACAUCGUAUAUCCGUCAUGGCGGUUGGAUGGCAGCAAUCGAUGACACUAAUCCUUGGUUUCAAGUUGAUUUUAGGACUAAUGUGACAGUCACCGCGUUACUAUUACAAGGACUGGACAGUGGCUUGGGCUGGGUGACUAGAUACACACUGGCAUAUGGUCACAAGAAAGACGUUUUGCAAGAUUACAAUGUUGGUAGACAAUUGAAGCUUUUCGCUGCAAACUAUAACGACAGCAGCACAGUGAGGCAAGACUUGUAUACAUACAUCAUUGCUCGUUUUCUUCGAAUCAUUCCGAAAACAUGGGUUGGAUCUUGUGCUUUGAGAGUUGAGUUUUAUGGUCGAUAUGAAGGUUGUGCAAAUGUGACACGAUUAGGUAUGGAAAAUGAGACUAUUCUGGAUAGCCAAAUCGACGCUUCGUCCUUAAAUGACAUGGGAAAUCCUGCUGCCCAGGCAAGAUUGAAUCUACAACCAGCGUCACCACUCUUGGGGUGUUGGAUCGCCUUAAGCAGCGACCUAAAACCAUGGCUCAAAGUAGAUUUUCUAGCCUAUGCUAAAAUAACCGGCAUCGAAACACAAGGAAGACCAGAUUCUGCUUCCUUUGUGGAGAAGUUUACGCUGUCGUACGGCAAUAAUAAUGACGAUUUCGUGGAGUACAAAGAAAUGGGCAUUGUAAAGGAAUUUAUUGCCAACUACGAUCAGAACACUGUCGUGAAGCAGCGCCUCACUCGCGUAAUUUAUGCUCGUUUCAUCCGACUGCAUCCAACAACUUGGGAAAGCCAAGCGGCAAUGAGAACUGAGUUCUUUGGCUGCCUCGUUGAGCCAGAUUGGUUUGAAUCUUGGCCCCUGGGCAUGGAAAGCGGUUUGAUUUUGGAAUUUCAACUGAGCGCGUCGUCUUCAAAAUUUGCCUUAUCUGGCGCACAUCAAGGACGACUAAAUCUCGAAUACAAAUUUAAUGUCAGCACAUCAGAGAUUGAAGGCUACGGCGGUUGGAUAGCAGCCAACGACGAUUCUGACCCAUGGUUUCAAGUUAACUUCAUAACAAACGUUACAGUCGCUGGAAUUGCUACACAAGGUGUAAAUGAAAGCGGGUCGUGGGUGACCAGUUAUGAAAUCUCCUAUGGCAAUCGGAAAAAUACUUUGCAGGAUUAUCAAAUAAAUGGCGCGGUUAAGGUCUUUUCUGCGAACAUUGACACAAACAGCACUGUCAGGCAUAAUCUAGAACUUCCCUUUGUCGGCGUUUACGUACGAGUAAAACCAAAAACCUGGGAAAAUGGAUGUGGUAUGCGAUGUGAAUUCUAUGGCCAUUUUGAAGGUGACAAAUAUUCAAUCGCUCUUGGUAUGGAAAGCGGUCUUAUCUUGGAUGGUCAGAUUUCUGCGUCCUCUCUGUACAGUACGACAUAUCGUGAAGGCUUGGGCCGGCUCAAUAAUAAUCCAAAUUCUGGCGCGGCUUGGCAAGGUUGGCGCCCUCUUGAUGAUGACGCAAAUCCGUGGUUUCAAGUUGAUUUCGAAAUAUUUGCGAAAGUCACCUCCAUAUUUACACUGGGAUUGGAUGGCUCAACAUAUUGGACAAAAAAAUAUUUGGUGUCAUUUAGCAACGAUGGUAGAAACUUUCAGAAUUAUAUCGAAUUUGGAAAACCAAAGGUGUUCAUUGCAAACAUCCACAAUGAACGGUUAGUCGAACAACGGUUGACGCACGUGAUUUUUGCAAGGUACAUCCGAAUACAUCCAACAGAAUGGAACACAUACGUGGGACUCAGAGUCGACUUCAACGGGUCAUAUUUAGAAUAUGACUGUAUCGAUCCAAUUCCACUUGGUCUGGAAAGUAACUUGGUCGUGAACCCUCAGUUAACGUCGUCAUCCGAAAAAGGUGAAACGUCGCGGGCUAGAAACGCUAGAUUGAGAUUGGAACCGAUAGACGGCGAAAGAGAUGGCGCGUGGAUUGCUUCCGCUGAUGAUAGCAAUCCGUGGUUGAGAGUGGAUUUUAAAUCGAACGUAACCUUGAGGGGAAUUACAACACAGGGUCGGUUUGAUGCCGCUGAAUGGGUUACUAGUUACGAAGUCACGCAUAGUAUUGAUGGGAUAAACUAUGAAACGUACAAAGAAGAUGGAAACGUUAAGGUUUUUCCUGCAAACUACGACAGUAAUACGACUGUGAUGAACUAUAUCCACCCACCAAUAUUUGCUCAAUAUGUUCGUCUUCAUCCAAAACAAUGGUCCGGAGCUUGUGCAUUGCGUGCAGAAUUCCAUGGAUGUUAUGAAGGCUGCCCAAAUCCGAAGUAUCUUGGAUUAGCGAGCAAAGUUAUUUCAGAUUCCCAAUUUAAUUCUUCAUCGACUUAUGCUACUGGAAGCCUCUACUUUGCUUAUGGCGCGCGGUUAAAUUUGACUUCAGCUGGUUGGAUUGCACUUGCAAGAAGAUUUAAGUCCAUGGUUGGAAGUUAAUUUUAUGAUGGCGACUAAAAUACA